AUGGAGGCAUCUGGUGCAGAGGCGGGUGGGCAGACAGUGCACCGACCGCUCGCUGGCGAGGGAGGGUUGCAGAUGCGUGGUGAUGAAGGUGGGGGAGGGUUGCAGUUCCCAGGGGCAGCUCAGCCUGACAUACUUCGUUCAUCAAUGAAAGAUGAUUUUUAUCGCAAAAUGCUCUACUCUUCCACCCUCGACCUCGUUCUGCGGUCCCUCGGACCGCAGUGGGCGCAGGCGCACAAGUCUCACGUGAAGCUGCUCAGCGACCUGUGCUACUACGCACUCACCACCCUGCGAGGAAUGCAGACGCUGGGCGAGGAGUACUGCGAUUUGGUGCAGGUGACGUCGGCGAGCGGUACGCCGCCGGAGGUGUUGCGGCGGGUGGUGCUCAUGUGCGCCGCCAUCCUGGUGCCCUUCCUCUACCGCACCCUCACCGCCAAGCUGCUCGUCAUGUCCCGUCCCCGGCUCCUCCACCACCAGCCCCUCAUGUUCCAACACCGACAGCGCCUCGGCAGCCCUGACGAAGGCACGUCUGUGUGCCAGCUGGUGUUUUCGCCGAUCGCGUCGGUGGUGCGGUGGUUUAGGGCGGCCAAGGCCAAGUUCGACGCCUAUCGAUUCGAGGAGCCCACGGCCCAGUUCCUGCAGACCAACAUCCCGCGGGUCAAGCAGUCCGUCAAGAUCUACAAACGCCUCCACCUCGGCCUCUUCUACCUCUUUGGCGUCUACUACCACAUCUCCAAGCGAGCCGCCGGCAUCGAAUACGUGUUCAAUCGCAAGGUGACGGAGCCGCGGCUGCAGUACCACGUGCUCGGGUUGAUGAUCUUCGCCCAGCUGGGCAUUCAGGGCCUCAUGUGGGCCAGCGAGCAGGCCCGGGCGCACGCGAGUAGGUCGCUCGGCAGCGGCGGCGACGGUGAUGAGGAGGCCGAGGCAGGCCUCGAGGGGGACGAGGAGGCGCAGCGGCUGACGGCGGAGGCCGAGGCGGUGCGGACCCGGCAGGCCGAGGGCGACUACGAGGAGGCGCCCAUCUGCGGCCUGUGCCUCGAGCCGCGCAAGUUCACCACCGCCUCUCCGUGCGGACACCUCUUCUGCUGGUACUGCAUCCACGAGGCCUGCAAAGCCAAGAUGAAGCUGGUGGCUGUAAUGCUGCUGGUGUUGGCGGUGGCCAUGGUGCAGGGAGAGGCGGUCACGCGGCCCACCAUCCCUGACGCCUGGAAUGCCACCAUCAAGGGCAACCUCAUCAACUUUUUCCCAUUCACAGCUGCCAUCACCCAAGAUAGAGUCUCUGCACGCACCAGGCUCGACUUUGCGCUGCCUCAUGGCUCCUAUGAAGGCUCCAUGCUGUUCGACUUGGCUGCGGGCAUGGGCUAUUUCUUCGACAGCGAGGCUGCCGUGGCCAACGUCCGCCAGCCCCUGUGCCAGCCCAUCGCCCUCACCCCCAAGAUCACCCAGCUCCUCUCCUGGGACUACUACCAGCUCGCCAACAUGUGCGGUGCUUCGUGCUGGGAAUAUGUUUCAGGGCAGGAAAAUGAGAAGUAUCAGUGGAUCUUCAAGGGCCAGCCCUCGACCCUCUUUUCCUUUGAAAUCAACCCCCUCCACAAGGGGAAAUCCAACAUGAUCGCCGUGCUGCGCGACCUCAAGGUCGGGCCGCAGGCUGCCGACGUGUUUGCGGUGCCGUCCUUCUGCCCGCAGCACCCGUUCGCGCCGGCGGCCGACGACCUGGCCCUGCUCGACCUCAUCACCGCCCUCGCCGCCAAGUCCGCGUAG